GGCUUUUCACCCUCCAUAGGCGGCAGAUCUACGGCACGCCGGCUCUACCUCGGGUCCACGGCCAAUCAUCGGGUGAUCCGGAUAAUUUAGACGUUCCUGCCGAGCCUGUAACCCACCUCCACACGCCAACCGCAACGUCUCGUUGGCUGAGAGGAGGCCCGCGAUGCUUCACAUGCUCAGCCUAAGUAUGUGGUGACGAUGCUGAGCAUAGCACAGCAGAGGGGAAGGUACAGGUGUCCUUCAUGAGGUGUCCUCUAUAAGAGGCUAUCCUGUAAAGGACGCUUGCCUCCCCAUCUCUUGCUCGAUCAAUCAACCAAGACGCGCAGAAAACAUGGCGGACAUCAACGUUGAAGAAGUGCUGAAGAAGCUCACGCUGACCGAGAAGGUCGACCUGCUCGCUGGCAUCGACUUCUGGCACACCAAGGCUAUUCCCAAGCAUGGCGUGCCCUCACUGCGUCUGACCGACGGGCCCAAUGGCGUCCGCGGCACUCGCUUCUUCAACUCCAUCCCAGCAGCCUGCUUCCCUUGCGGCACCGGCCUCGGAGCAACAUUCAACCAGGCCCUGCUCGAGGAAGCCGGAGCCACCAUGGGUGAAGAGGCCCGCGCCAAGAGCGCCCAUUCUAUCCUAGGUCCCACAAUCAACAUGCAACGAUCACCCUUGGGCGGACGUGGCUUUGAGAGCAUUGGAGAGGACCCCUACCUCGCCGGGCUGGGCGCUGCGGCCCUGGUCAGGGGCAUCCAAAGCACGGGAGUCCAGGCCACCAUCAAGCACUUUCUGUGCAACGACCAGGAGGACAAGCGGAUGGGAGUGCACAGCAUCGUCACGGAGCGUGCGCUGCGAGAAAUCUAUGCCCUCCCGUUCCAACUGGCGGUCCGCGACGCUCAGCCUGGCGGCUUCAUGACGGCCUACAACGGCAUCAACGGGGUCUUUUGCAGCGAGAACCCCAAGUACCUGGACGAGAUGCUCCGCAAGGAAUGGGGCUGGGACGGCAUGAUCAUGAGCGACUGGUUCGGCACAUAUAGCACCACCGAUGCCGUCAAGGCGGGCCUGGACCUGGAAAUGCCUGGACCGCCCAAGUUCAGAGGCGAGGCGCUCAAGUUCAACGUGACGACUGGCAAGCCAUUCCAGCAUGUCAUCGACGCCAGAGCGAGAGAGGUUCUCAAAUUCGUCAAGAAGUGUGCUGCUGCGAACGUGAAGGAGAACGGCUCCGAAGGCGGCCGGGAUAUUCCAGAGACGGCGGCGCUGCUCCGCAGGAUUGGCAACGAGAGCAUCGUUCUCCUCAAGAAUGACAACAACGUCUUGCCCCUGAAGAAGGACAAGAAGACGCUGGUGAUCGGCCCCAACGCCAAGGUCGCAACGUACCACGGUGGUGGCUCCGCUGCCCUGUCCGCCUACUACGCUGUCACCCCGUACGACGGCAUCAGCGAGAAGCUGGGCUCGCCAGCGCCGUACACGGUCGGCGCCUACACACACCGUUUCCUGCCCAUCCUGGGGACGCAGCUGACCCGCCCUGACGGAAAGCCGGGCAUGUCCUGGAAGGUCUACAACAAGCCUCGCGACGCGGCCGAGCGGGGCGAGCUCAUUGACGAGCUGGCCUUCACCAAGACAGAAAUGCACUUGGUCGAUUACUACAACACCAAGCUCGCGGACACCUGGUACGCCGACCUCGAGGGGACGCUCACCCCCGAGGAGGACCAGACCUACGAGUUUGGCGUGGUCGUCUGCGGUACCGCCAAGAUCUUUGUCGACGAUAAGCUGGUGGUGGACAAUGCCACCAAGCAAGUUGCGGGCGACGCGUUCUUCGGCGCCGCCACGCGCGAGGAGCGUGGGACGAUUGACCUCAAGAAGGGGCAGGUCUACAAUGUCCGUGUCGAGUUCGGCUCCGCGCCCACCUUCACAUUGGGGACGGACACCUUUGCCCCUGGCCACGGCUCCCUACGCGUGGGCGGCGCCAAGGUCAUUGACGACCAGGCCGAGGUGGCCAAGAGCGUUGCCCUCGCCAAGGAGCACGAUCAGGUCAUCAUCUGUGCGGGUCUCAACGCGGACUGGGAGACAGAAGGCGCCGACCGGGCCAGCAUGAAGCUGCCGGGCGUGCUGGACCAGCUCAUCGCCGAGGUCACGGCGGCGAACAAGAACACGGCCGUGGUGAUGCAGACGGGCACACCCGAGGAGAUGCCAUGGCUGGAGUCGGCCCCCGCCGUGCUCCAGGCGUGGUACGGCGGAAACGAGACGGGCAACUGCAUCGCGGACGUCUUGUUUGGCGACUACAACCCAUCCGGCAAGCUGUCGCUGAGCUUCCCCAAGAGGCUGCAGGACGUGCCCAGCUUCCUCAACUUCAAGACGGAGGCGGGCCGCACGCUGUACGGCGAGGACGUGUACGUCGGGUACCGCUACUAUGAGUUUGCCGACAGGGAGGUGAACUUCCCCUUUGGGCAUGGUCUCUCCUACACAAACUUCUCCUUCUCUGAUUUCAGUGUGGCCGUGAAGGAUGGCAAGGUCGUCGCGACCGUGUCCGUGACCAACACAGGGUCCGUCAAGGGCGCGCAGGUGGCGCAGCUGUACGUUGCCCCCAAGCAAAAGGCCAGGAUCAACCGACCGGUCAAGGAGCUGCGUGGCUUCGCCAAGGUGGAACUUGAGGCGGGCGAGACGAGACAGGUUGAAAUUUCCGAACCGGAGAAAUACGUUGCCGCAUACUGGGACGAGGAACGCGAUCAGUGGUGUGUGGAGAAGGGCGAGUACGAGGUGAUUGUCAGUGACAGCAGCAAGGUCACAGAUGCCGCCGUCAGGGGCAGCUUCACAGUGGCCGAGUCGUACUGGUGGUCGGGGAUCUAACUUGGGGUUAGACUCGUUGUAGCUGCAACAGACAUUCAGUUCAUUCAUUCAUUCCGUCUGACAGGACGAAUUUCCAACGCUGUCCCGACUAAUAGCUUCGGCAUUCCGAGUCUCCGACCUGAUCUGGUGUCACAUGCGUAAUUACGCUCAGGCUUGCGAACUAGCUACGUUGCGGCAACAUGUCUCGGAGCCAUGGCUCAUACCUCGCUUAGCCGUUAGCCCCUUGGGGUAGCUGGAACCCUGACUUAAUUUCAGCAGCGGAAGCGGAUACCAGCGGGGCGGGAAUCGACUCGCGGAGGGAGAGACAAUAAGCACCU